AUGAAGACUUCCGUAAUCCGAUUCGCCGCGUUGUCGGUUGUGCUGCUCGUCUCGACGGUGUCAUGCCAACAACCGCCGAACGAUAGUAAGAGCCAACAAAUCGUCCCACCGCAAUUGAGCCCAGAAGCAAAGAACAAGAUAAUACUGUGCAUCAUGAACUUGGUCCUGAAGCAGGAGAUCAGCGUCAAGUCAGUCCUGAACUGCGUGACGUCGAGGGGAGCUCAGCCGAUACCGUACGGCGCGGGCAACUUCGCCAAUUUCAUAGUCAAGAACGGGAAAAGUGUCAAAGAGGAGGGCGUGAUCCAGAACGCAGCGCUGUCCUGGGGCAAGUGGCAACAGGACGGUCAAGAUGUGACGACGGUCAACAACCUCCCAUUCAACAACGAACAGGCGGCGGUCUACCAGGCGUCGGGGCGCGACAACAGCCCUUCGGGCGCCGAGGGACAGUUCGAAAUACACGUGGGCGGGAAGAAUAUCGCCGUCGUCGAAUUCAAUAUACCGUUCUGGGGUAAGAACGAGUUCAAAAUUCGCGAAGUGGACGACCAGUACGUGUGCAACCAGAGUGGCUUCACGUCCGACGGCUCCCCGACGAUCAACAUAAAGUGUCACAUGGUUUCCAGUGUAAACAAAGUC